AUGCCACCAUUGCGACUCCUAUCACGGGCCCUACCACGCUUCACGUACGGUCGAACGACUCUGCAGCAGCAAAUCCGCCAUCAGUCGACGAAACCUACAGCCGAAGCCACGAACGACUCUCGCAUCUCACGCCUUGAAGCUCGACUUCCACGCUUUUUAGCUCGCUACGUCAAGCCUCUUCGCAAUGCACCCAUCUCUCACAUAACAGCCUUUCUGGUCCUUCACGAGCUCACAGCCAUCAUACCUCUAUUCGGUCUCACAUUCGCGUUUCACAAAUUCGAUUGGUUGCCGCCAGUCUUUUCAGAAGGCUACUGGGUCAAAGAAGGAGUUGAGAAGUUCGGAAGAUACUUCAGACGUAAAGGAUGGAUUAGGGAUGCUGAUGGAGAAGGGUUCGAAAAAGAUGAGAAUAGAAAGGGGUUGGCGAAGUGGUGGCCUAGGGGUGAGGAUGGUGUGAGGCUGCUGGUUGAGGUUGCUACUGCGUACGCGAUCACGAAAGCACUGUUGCCAUUGAGAUUAGGAUUGAGCAUUUGGUUUGCACCGAGCUUUGCAAAGAUAUCGACGCUGCCGAUCAAGAGAUGGAUAACAAGGAAGGCAGCAACCAAGACUCCGGCGGUCACAAAGGCCGUAGCUUCCCCUGCCGCAGGUACCAAUGCCGUAGGAAGCAAGAUCACAAAGUAA